AUGAGUUAUUCAGAUCAGAUAGCUAAGUUCAAGAAGGUGUUAAUAAAUGAGUUUGAGAUGACUAAUCUAGGAAAUAUCCUAAUAUAUUGCAAGUCUGCAAUCACACCUACUGAAAUAAAUCACAAGUUGGACUCUGAUGUUGAGGGUGAUGAUAUAGAUGCUACAACUUUUAAACAGCUGGUGGGAUCAUUGAGAUAUCCCUGCAAUAUCAGACAUGUCAUCUACUAUGAAGUUGGAGUGGUGAGUAGGUUUAUGAACAAAAUAAAGUGGUCACAUUACCAAGAUGUUGUUAGGAUCCUGAGGUAUAUUGAAGGGACUCUAAAGUAUGGAGUUUUGCUCCCUUAUGAUGUUGAAUCUGAUUCAGAGCUGAUAUGUUAUUCAGACUCUGAUUGGUGUGGAUACAUAAUUGAGAGAAGAAGUACUUCUGGAUAUUUCUUCAAGUAUCUGGGAGGUCCCACUUCUUGGUGCUCCAAGAAGCAACCAGUGGUUGCAUUGUUAACCUGUGAAGAUGAGUACAUUGCAGGUGCUUUGUCUGCGUGUCAAACUGUUUAG